AUGGACAGGCCAAUCACUACUGGUGAACUUAAAGACAAGUCACUCUUUCAGGACGGUGAUGGCAGCGCGAUUCCUACCAAGAGCAUGUGCCAUAAUUGUUCAAAGCUAAAGAUAUUUCUUGGAGCUCUAGCUUUUUCCUUUUUUGCCAAAGGAUUUUCUGGAAGUUACAUGAAGAGCAUGACCAGUCAAAUUGAAAGGAGAUUUGAAAUCUCAUCAUCAAUUGUUGGCAUUAUUGAUGGCAGCUUUGAGAUAGGUAACUUAAUGGUAAUGGUGCUGGUGAGCUACCUUGGACCAAGAGUUCAUCGACCAAAAGUAAUUGCCAUUGGAUGCCUCAUCAUGUCCUUAGGAGCAUUUUUGUCAGUGAUACCUCAGUUCCUAAUGGGACGUUAUAAUUAUGAAAGGAUAACUGUUACUGUGGACAACUCUUCUACAAGUGUAUCAGCUUGCUCCCCAGCAUUGUCUGUGGGCCAUCCAGUCACAGAUGCUACAGAAACACCCAGCGCAACAAAAAAUUUUGAAUGUGAGAAAACAACAAAUUCCUAUCUGUGGCUUUUUGUGCUGAUGGGGAACCUUUUACGUGGAAUUGGGGAAGCACCAGUCAUGCCAUUGGGAGUUUCAUAUAUUGAUGAUUUUUCUAAAGAAGAAAACUCAGCAUUUUACAUAGGCCUGGUGAGAUCCUCGGGCAUGUUUGGGCCAACCCUGGGCUUCCUGCUUGGAUCUUUCUGUGCCAGCCUUUGGGUUGAUAUUGGCGUUGUGGAUAUCGAUACCAUCAGCAUAAAUCCUAAGGAUACCCGUUGGGUUGGUGCCUGGUGGCUUGGGUUGCUCAUCUGUGGAGCAGUCAACUUCCUUGCCUCAUUACCUUUCUGGUUUCUGCCUUACUCCUUACCAAAAGAAGGAGCCAAUGAAAAAGUGAAGAUUAGUCAUUUGCCUGUUCAAGGAGAUCACUGCAAAACAGAGCCCCCAGUUCAGCCACAGUUAAAGUUCUCAGAGGCAGUAAAAG